UCUAGUAAAAAAUUAAAGAUUAAACUGCAUAUUCUAGUAAUUGUAGAAUGACAUUCUAUCUGGUCUGUGUAAUUUGUUAUCCUCUCACCUUAGUUACCAACGCUCAUGUCAUGUAUCUUCACUGUACCUGCUAGCGCUGUUGCGUUUUAUUACACGGGCUUCUAGAUAUAUUUAUAAAUAUUCAGGUAAAAAAAUUAUACUCCCUCCAAUCCAAAAUAAGUGUCGCAGUUUUGGACUAUGGUUAGUUCAAAACUGCAGCACUUAUUAUGGAUCGGGGGAAUACUAUUUAAUAUUUUUAGCCUAGCUGAAGUUACAUGUUCAGUUCUGCCUUUUGUUGUUGCAAAACUGACUUGUUUAUCACGUGCGAUUGUGCAACAUAUCACAUCCAGUGCAUCUUGUUUGACUAAAAUGCACCUACUAACAUUGUUGAAUGUCAGUUACUCAAUGCACAUUUCGUGGAUGGAUUGCAUAUUACUUAAUCCGUACAAGUCACUAACAGCACUUCUUAGGAAAGCCACUAAUAACAUUGCGGGAAGGAUCUUCUCUGCGCAAUGCUCAAUCUAACUACCGCAAUGCACUUUACUUAGCGGAAGCACGUAGUUCCGAAUGGUAUUCACUACGGCCUUAUUUUUCUUUUCGAAAUUGAAGUAACCGGUCGCCUCUACAAGUCCAAUAUUGAACUUUUCUCUAACACAUGUGCGAGCAGGAAAUCUGGGCUCAUAUACAUUCUCUGCUGUCCCUGCGAGAUGCUGCACGUGCUGCCUGCGUGUCACACUUGUUUCAACGUUCUUGGAAAUGCCAUCCCGAUCUCACCUUUAGUAAGGAAACAAUCUUCGAUGAAAACCUGUACAGAAAGAAUAAAACAUCAGAUAAAACAACGAGUGAUCUUGUCAGGAUAAUUUACCGCAUUCUGAAAAACCACUCAGGCAAUGGUGUGAAGGCACUCAGGCUUGAAAUAGAUGAUGCUGCCAAUAUUAGCGCAUGUUAUCUUAAUGAUUGGCUUCACCUUGCUGUUAAGCCAGGGAUUGAAGAACUUGCCCUUUUGCUGCAUGAUGACUUGGAUUACAACUUUCCAUGCUCAAUUUUACUUAAUGGGAUUGCAAACACAAUUCGGGAUCUUCGUCUCAGCAGUUGUGUCUUCCGUCCCAUGGCUGGAUUUAGUUGCUUAAGAAGCCUGACAAGUCUAGAAUUGUCUGAAGUGUAUAUUACAGGGGACGAGUUAGGGUGCCUUCUUUCAUGUUCUUUAGCUUUGGAGGAAGUGGUACUCACGUAUUGCAAAGAGAUAGCUUGCCUCAAGAUACCUUGCGCGCUCCAGCGGCUCAGCCAGUUGGUGGUCACUAACUGUGAAAAUCUGGAGGUUAUAAAGAGCAAAGCUCCUAAUCUCACCGUUUUUGAAUACACUGGUGGCGUAGUAGAAGUGUCAAUUGGAGAUGCGGUGCUAGACAUUAUGAUUUCAGCUUCUGGUUGGAACGUUGUUCAUUAUGCUCGCGCCAAGCUUCCACAGAUGGUCCCAAAUCUUGAAACUCUUGACAUAACCUCAUCUUUGGCGACAGACAUACCGUUUUUACCUGGCAAAUUCCUUCACCUCAAGCACUUGUGUAUUUUUUUCAUGGUAUCAGCAGGGGCUUUUUGCCCAGACUAUGAUUACUUUUCUCUGGUUUCUUUUCUUGAUGCUUGUCCUUCCUUGGAGACCUUGAUGUUGUCUGUAACACAACAGAGUGUAGAGCAUGAUUCAGUUUUAGGUGAUUCCUCACAUCUAAGGCAGAUGCCAGGACACUGCCAUGGCAGCAUCAAGGAUGUGAAGAUCAUCGGUUUCUGCUCCGCGAAAAGCAUGGUUGAGCUAACAGUCCAUAUUCUUGAGAACGCGGUUUCGCUGGAGCGCCUUACACUGGACACUGUCUGUUAUGAUCUUAGGUGUUCGGAUGGUGCUAGUGGAUGCUCAGUUGGGAAUAUGAAUAUGAUCAUGGAAGCCCGUAAAGCACUCGUGGUUGUGAGAAGUUACAUCUUAGAGAAAGUUCCCUCUACAGUUGAGUUAAACGUUGUGGAGCCUUGCAGCCAGUGCCAUGCUGUUGAAAAUUAAUGUCAAAUUAUCAUGAUUUCUCAAUGUUUAAUCAUGUAUUGUUACAUGCUCGUUUCAUUAAGUUAUCUCACCCGUUGUGCAAGUCUUUUUUCUGUAUAUGUUUUGCGCUUCGUUUCACUACUGUUUUAAAACAAGCGCCGAUCUGCCGAUUAUUUCAUCUAGUGAUAUAGUGUUAUAGAACCGCCUCAUGGGCAUGCUUCCAAUGCUAGUGCCAUGACGCUCGUUCUACCAAGAACUUCUGCAAUGAUCAUCAAAUCAAAUAUAUAAAUGCCUAAACAUAUUUCACCUUGGACUUCAGUUUCAGAUUGCCUCAGCUCAAGGAUUUGAUUCACAAAUUAACAAUACAACUUGAUCCAUGGGGUAACUGCCUGAGGUUGGGAUCUUCAAUUA